UGCUUUUUAUAUCUGUACUUACUUCACUUCCCUUCCCUACCGCACACAAAAACAAACUCUGUUUUAGAUUUUCAAUUUUCAUUCCAGUUGUCUUCUUCAAAAAUCGAUUCUUGAUUUCCUCUCUCAAGGAAUCCCAUAACAAAAAAAAGAAAGGAAGAAAGCAUGUUACUUAAGGCAGCACCGGGCUUUUCUCUAUUGAACACUCAUGGUGACAAUUUGGUAGGUCCUUUGUCUUCUAGGGGAAAAACUGGAACUGGGUUCGUUGUUUGUGCAACAAAAGGUAGUGGUGCUAAUAAUAAGCCAUUAACUGGUGUGGUUUUUGAGCCUUUUGAAGAAGUGAAAAAGGAGCUUAAUUUAGUUCCUACUGUUCCUCAAGUUUCUCUUGCUAGACAAAAGUAUUGUGAUGAGUGUGAAGCUGCUCUUAAUGAACAGAUCAAUGUGGAAUACAACGUCUCCUAUGUGUACCAUGCCAUGUUUGCUUACUUUGACAGAGACAAUGUUGCGCUCAAGGGUCUUGCCAAGUUUUUCAAGGAAUCAAGUCUCGAAGAGAGAGAGCAUGCUGAGAAAUUUAUGGAAUAUCAGAACAAACGUGGUGGAAAAGUGAAGCUGCAGUGUAUAGUGAUGCCCCUUUCGGAGUUUGAUCAUGUGGAAAAGGGAGAUGCAUUGUAUGCAAUGGAACUUGCAUUGUCGCUGGAAAAAUUAACAAAUGAAAAGCUCCUGAACUUACACAAGGUGGCUGAAAGGAACCAUGAUGUCCAGUUGGCAGAUUUUGUUGAAAGCGAGUUCUUAACAGAACAGGUGGAAGCCAUUAAGAAGAUCUCUGAAUAUGUUGCUCAGCUGCGAAGAGUGGGCAAAGGACAUGGAGUAUGGGACUUUGACCAGAUGCUUCUCAAUGAGGAAAACGUGAUUGCAUAAUGAUUGAGAUAUCUAUUUUGCUGCUCAAGUAUCAUUUGAAGGUUUCUCAGUGCUGUCUUUUUGGGUUAGUAGUGCUUUGUUCAGAGUUUUUGGGGUGUGGUUAGCACAGACAUUAGAUGAUGUUUAUAGAUGGUAGAGAAUUAAAAGCGCAUUUGGUACUGUUACAUAAAGAUGGCGAUCCUGUUAAAAAUAGCUGAAAUAAAUGGAUGUUUAUUCCUGAUUUUUCA